UUUAGGCUACGUAUAUUUAGGAAGUAGUGGUCUUUUCGAGAUGAAAGUGCAUGAGCUAUUCCUGGAAAGAUCGGCGGUCCACAUUCGUGUUGGGUCGACCUACUGAUUGAGACAUGUGAAAAGCUCUCAUUAUUACCUCAUAUCAGGAACAAAAGGAGAUAUAUGGAGUCGGUUCAGAGAUCAGGGUUAUCAUUUAUCAACAAAAUGAACAGAAGCAGCAAUUAUCCAUUUUGAACAACUGCAGUGCACAACACUACUAUACGAUUACUAUACAUGCUUCAAAGUCAAAUUAAUACAGAUCACAUUGCAAGCUGAGUAAUAUGAUGAACAUUUGAGUUUGGCUGCUCAAAAUCCCAGAUUUUCAUUUCCAUGGCCUUGCUUUCACCAUGCUUUCUGUUAUGUAAUUGAGACCUUUCCGUAAAAAGUUUUAUUUUAUUUAUUUUGUAGUUGGGUGUAGAUCCACGUAAAUUUUCCGAUUCCAAAAUUUCCUUUGCAAUUCUGGACGUAUUCCUUCUCAUGGCUAUCCUUAGUCCUCCCAAACUCCUAAUUUCAUCUUCUCUUCUCCAAUCCCAACUUUUUCAUUACCCAAUUCCCUUCCAUUUUCAGCAAAAAAACCCUAAUGGAAUCAAUAAACAUUUCCAUUUACAACGCCAUCACUACCAGCGUCUCCUCCCUCUGUCUAGAGCUCUUCGCGAAUGGCAAGAUUAUGAAGAAGCAGUGAAGCGCAAGGAUCUCGCUGAAGCUCUUAGGUUUCUCGAAUCAUUUGACAGAGACAGCGCAAUCGAACCCAUUAACGAUUCGGCACCCGCUGGUUCAGCACCGUCUGCUAUUGGGAAUCUGCGGUUGUCUGGGUGGGAGAGGGACUGGGAGGUAUUAGACACUUGUUUGAAUGCCGAUGAUAUGAAGCUUGUUGCCAAUGCUUAUAGGUUUCUCAAGGAUAGAGGAUUUUUGCCCAAUUUUGGAAAAUGCAGGAACAUUGUUUUGGAGGGUCAAAGAGAUGUCACGCCGUCUGUGUUGGAGUCGACUACUGGAUUAGAAGUGUCCAAGUUGUCCCCAAAGAAGUGGGGUCUUUCAGGCAGCUCUCGUUAUGCUUUGAUUGCUUUUCUUGGUGGAACAUCAUUUCUGCUUUCGCAGGACAUAGAUAUUAGGCCAAAUCUUUUGGCUUUGUUGGGGCUAGCAUUUUUGGAUUCUAUCCUCCUUGGUGGCACUUGUCUAGCGCAAAUCUCAAGCUAUUGGCCACCAUAUAGGCGUCGAAUCCUUGUACACGAAGCUGGACAUCUACUGACUGCUUACCUCAUGGGCUGCCCGAUCCGUGGAGUGAUUUUGGAUCCGAUUGUUGCUAUGCAAAUGGGGAUACAAGGACAGGCAGGUACCCAGUUUUGGGAUGAAAAAAUGGCAAGCAACCUUGCUGAAGGACGUUUGGAUGGUACUUCCUUUGACAGGUACUGCAUGGUCCUUUUUGCUGGCAUUGCUGCUGAGGCUCUUGUUUAUGGUGAAGCAGAGGGUGGAGAGAAUGAUGAAAAUUUGUUUAGAAGUAUUUGCAUUCUUUUGCAACCCCCAUUGUCUGUUGCGCAGAUGUCAAAUCAAGCGAGGUGGGCUGUUCUACAAUCUUACAACCUGCUGAAGUGGCACAAACAUGCACACCAAGUAGCUGUCAAAGCUAUGGAAAGUGGAAGCAGUCUCAGUGUUGUAAUUAGGAGAAUUGAGGAUGCAUUGUCGACAAAUUGAUGAAGAAUUGAAAUGCAGUCCUACAUAUUUGUUUCAUUCCUCUUUUUUACCUCCUUGCAGGAUGCAGGAGAUAGCAAUCUUAUACAUUUACGAAUGGUGUGUAUAACAAUUCGUGGGGGCCAGUCUUUCCGUUGGUCACUUUGGCUGCCUGCCAUUUGCAUGCUUAGUGCUUUCGAGGAUAAAUGUGUUUGGUGCCCCCGUUUUGAAUCUUUGGAAAAAGGUGACGCUGGAAGGCUGGAUGUAUGCAUUAAAGAGUUGAAGAAACAAACUUGGCUCAGCUGAGUCUUUUGUUUUUAGAUGGUUGGCACCUGUACCUUCACUUCUCAAGCAGUUUCAAGUGGAUCCAAUUGCCUAGACGUUCCUGCCUGGUCUCUCUCUCACACGAGUCUUGCACACAAACAAUUCUUGAGACUGACGUUUCCUGUCAGUUUUCUAUUCCAUGUCCUGAACUUAGUUGAUAAUUUUAAAUAAAACAUAGAUUUUCUACCAUUUACGAGCCUCUAAUUUGCCUUGGCUGUUAGUUGCAAUUUGCACUUUUUGCUGUGCAGAUCAGUAGCCUUGUUUGUUUCAGAAUGGACAGUUCCUUUCUUGUGAAUGAAAGGCCAUCUUUCUUUUUUUCUUUUUCUUUUUUUCCUUUUCUUUUUUUUUUUUAAUUUUUAAUUUUUUAUGUAUAGGGAUGGCCAUCUUAAAGCAGCAUACUUCAUCCAUUUUCUUUCAA